AUGAAAAUCAGUUUAAAUAUAGAAACUGAAGAGAAAAGACUAAAAGACGUCACAGAACAACCAGAAAAAUUUUCUUCAUCUUUUUAUACUGAUUAAACAAGAGAAAUUAAAAUAAUUCGAGAGGCAUUUAAUUCCAAUAAUUUUACUUAGCUUAGAGAAUUGCCAAAUUUUAAAAGUAAUCAAAAAUGUUCCUUAUAGGAAAUGCUUUAUUAAAUAAUUCAAAAUAAAAAGUCUUUCAUGUAGUGGAUAAUGUCCAACCUGCUUUUAAAGUUUAAGGGAUAAACAAUUAUUUUACACCUUUCAAAUAUAUUCCAACAGAUUACGAUUUUGCUAAGUAUUUGCAAAGAUUAAAGCAAUUGAUAGACUAAGAAAAAUAAAAUUAAAUAAGUGCAAAACCUUUUUUAAAUUGUGCAAUAGUGGAAAAAAAACUAAGAUAUAACGAUCAAUUUUUUAUCAAAGAAAAUUUGCUCCCUUUUCAUUUGCCAGAGGAUAUAUUUGACUUAAAAAAACAAUCAGAAACUAGACAAAGAAUUAUUUCUGAAUGUUAGAGAUUAGCUGGAGCUUUCAAACCUGCUGGAAGAAAACACUAAAAAUAUGAUAUAGAUUUAAUACUAACAAAUAUUAAAAAUGUAAUCAUUGAAGACCAUCCAAAUUCAAAAUUUACUCUAUCAAAUAAUUUAGCAAAUAUAAUUACUAUCCAUUUUCAUUUCGAAGUAAUCUUUUAUCAUUUUUAGACUAAUCCUAAAGAAUUGAUUUAUUAUAUGAAUGCUUUAUUAAAUGAUGAUAGAUUGUCUGAUUUUUAGUUAUAUAAAUUGAUUAAUGAUUGGGGAAUCUAAACGAAUUAAUCCAUAUUGACAUUUUCUUUGAAAUCGCUUUGGAUAAAAUGA